GUUGCCGAGCAGCAGCAGAAGAAGCAGCAGCUGAUCUGAGCCGGACCGUGCCGGACCGUGCAGAACCUCCAGACCCCCCAAACCCCCGGACCUGACACCGGACCACAGGCACGCGCACCGGGCUCCAGGACGUCUGGUUUGAUGUCGGCGUCAGUCUUCUGUCCAUGGCCUCGUGGACUCGUCGGUCUGGUCUGUGGACUCGUCCUCCUGGUCUCCAUUCCGCAGCUCACCGCAGGCAGACUCAGUAACUGUACCCACCCUCUGGUCCCUGAACAUGGAGGAUUCCGCUGCGAACCGUCGCCGUGUCGCGGUUUCACCCAGAAAACCCAGAUCCACUUCUUCUGUGAACCCGGGUUCCACGUCAGCAACAAGAUCAGCUGGUCCAGGUGUCGGCACGGGAAGUGGCAGCCGCCCAUCCCCACCUGCGUCCCGCUCAGAGGGUUUUCCAACAUGAACUCGGAAAACAGAGUGAACGACUCGAUGCCGAGCAUGGCCACGACGGCGGUGGGCGUGUCCAUCUUCCUCCUCACCACCACCGCCUGCCUCGUCCUCAAGUCCCGCCUCUUCCCCUGUCAAUCACACAGCCGCCGGUCCUCAGACCAGCUGGACCUGAUGGUGGACGGGGUCCCGGUGUCCCUGCCGUCCUAUGAGGAGGCGGUCUACGGGAGCUGGGGUCAGCGCCUCCCCCCUUGCUCCGCCCCUGGACCCACCCAGCUCCUAUUGGCCCAGGAGGCCCCUGGCCGUCACCAGUCACCCACCGGCGGCCAAUCGGACGGCAGCACCCGCCCUCUGCUGUCCAACCAGAGCCCAGACAACCCUCCGCCGCCGUACGAGGAGGUCCAGACCCACCGGCGCACCGAUGCCGACACCCACCAGCUACGGGUUUCAGACGACAAGGACACCUGACGACACACACCUGACCUCAGGUCAGAGCCACAAGGACUGUGAUUGACAGCUGCAUGCCGCCGCAGACGGACAGACAGACGGCAUCAGGACGCUUCAUCCUGUCACUGUAGACAAAUCUGAUGAGCUCUGAUUGGUGGAAGAGGACUGACCCGCCUCCACAUUCAGGAUGUGAUGAGUGUACAGUUAGUGUGUGACGGAGGAAAACCUCGUAUCCAAUUAAAGCGACACCUUUACACACACAGAAGUAUUCACCACAUUAAACAUGACACACACCAGUCUGAGAGUGAACUGGGUCAGAGGCUGGACACUGUUUCAGAAUGGAACAUUUUCCAGUUCAAACAUGAGGAUCUACUGGUAUUCUUCCAGUUUUAGUAGAUUCAGGAUACGAGACCUGAUCCUGAUGGAACCUCAGCCUCAAACGGUUCAGUUUAAUCAGUUACAUUCAGGUUUAUUUUCCAGGUUUUAUUGGGUUUUUUUCUCUGAAUAUUUCGUGCAUGUAAACGUCGUCGUCUGAGGAAAACGUCGACACUUUGCACAAACGUGGACCCUCUGGGUUUGAGGGUCUGAUCGGCUGGUUCUCCUGGAGACGUCGUCCUUCCUCCCGUCAGCGACGGGGUCGAUCCGCAGGCUUCCUCCGUGAAGUCGCCGCGUACGGAAAUGUGUGUUUCCUUGGCAACCGACUCUAUUGUACUUUUAUCUGACACUUUUGUACAUUUGUGUUUGGCUGUGAUGGUGUCGAUGCUGCACGCGUCACCUCGAGGUGAUUUGCCGAAAGAACAAUGACAUGGUGAUGUUAAUUUAAAGAAGAACAUUCAGUGUUUUUAACAGAAACUUAAAGAACAGACUGUUUUUAUUCACUGAUCAGUGAAGUAAAAGAUGAAUUUGACAGAUUUUAGAAAAAAAAAUCACAUGAAUUCCACAUGUUAAGAAACAUGGAUUUUUUUUUCUUGAAUAUUUACAUAAAAGUGUGGAUUUUACAUGUGAACCCUGAAGAUGACACACAUGAUGUGGUAACGCAGGUCACAAAUGAAGGAUUCACAUCAGGUUCAGUUCUAUAAACAGAACAUGUUCUAAAACCACAGACUUCACAUGUACAAACACACACACAUGAAGCCUGUUCUCACAUGUGUGUUUAUGAGGUAACAUGUUUCCUUCAUGUCCUCUGAGACCCAGGAACGUUAAAGGUUUGGCUUUUUUACAUUAAAUAAAUGCCUUGAUUUGAAACGACGUCAUGCAACAGUUUUUUCAGAUACAUUUUUAUUUAUUUUUUUUAUAGAACGCCCUUUACAGUAGACAGCAUUUUUUUGUUUUCGUUUUUCUGAACUGAACCUCUGGUCCCCUACAGAGGACAAAAAUGUGUUUCUGGGUCUCAGGAGGAUAUCGACACAUUUUCCACAGAUAAAAACAUCUUUGUCACACAUUAAACAUCCAUAAAAAUGAUCUUAAACCACAUGAACUUCACUUAUUGCACAUGAGAAACAUGGUUCUGUUAUAUUUUCAUGCCUGUAUAAAACCAUGGGAUGUAAAAUUAAUGGGACUCCAUGUGAAAGUGAUCAGGUUACAGUGUGUGUGUGUGUGUGUGUUUUUCAUGUGUAGACACAUGAGGACUUCCGUCAUCUUCACACAUGUCACUAUGAAAAUGCAGCAGAACCAGGUGAAUCUAAUGUCACUGUUGGAAAAAAAAAAACCCAUUUCCAGACACUUGAAGCACAUGUUCAGUCAGAAACCUGUGACAAACGUGUGAAGCUGGUGUGAUUUUCAUUUAACGAACGGUGAAAACAAUCCUUUACAGCCUGGAGUCGUUAAAAUAAAAUCACACUAAUCACAGAUUUUAUUCCAAACCUGAGAAACACAACGCUUUAAGCUGAACACGAUCAGACGGCCUUGAAUGUAUUCAAUGUUU